CCAGCAAACACACAGAAGAAGAAGAAGAAGAAGUGACGUAGUGUGGAAGUGGGCAUCCGCUUAGUUUUCAUGUUUAUUUUCUUAAUUAAAGACAUUUAUUGCUCCCGUAUUGGGCACAUAGUUAUUGUAGAAUAGCACUUAACACUCGCAUUUCGUUGUCGGUGGCAGAGAUGAUCUGACAAGUUGAAUAGUGGAGGAUUUUGCAUCCAGUAAUUACAUUUUUGAGCACAAACAGAUGCUUGUUUACCAGAAUGAUGCCACACAAGGACAAGUGAGAGGAGAAACUACAGCCAGACCUACACAAUGCUGCAUCGUGUAAUGUCAGUAUGCUUUUGGUUUGGAUCAGACCGGCCUGGUUUCUGUCUGGGAACAUCUUUGUUGACAACACUGAUGCUGCUGCUGUAUGCUGCAGGCAUCCAGGCCAGCCUCAGCCUGGGUCCAGGUGGAGACUUCCCCAGGCUCAGAGAUGUGUUCCUGUAUGCUCUCAGUCAUGACGAUCUGUCCUCUCUGCUGGUCAGUGUUGCUCUCCUGCUGCUGGUCGGACCGUGUGAGGAGCGUCGCUGGGGAACAGUCGCCUUCCUCUCCCUCUCCAUCCUGACAAUGAUCGUACUACCUCUUCUUUACACCCUGGUUCUAUUUAUCGGUGGGGCUGGGGCCAGUCGGAUCUGUGGUUACUCUGCCAUCCAGCUGGCUCUGUUUGCAGCGCAGUGUCGUCAGGUGGCACAGAGGAGGCUGCUGAGGUGUUUACCAGUCUGGUUUCUCCCCUGGCUUCUUCUGCUGAUGGGUCUGCUGCUGCUGCCAGGGACACCAGCCCUGCUCCACUUCUGCACAAUAUGCCUCGGACACAACUACCAGCAGCCCUUCAUUGGGAUGCUACAGGAGCUGGAGGAGACCAGUAUCUUGGACUUAAUUCCUGACUGGGUGUAUGUUCGCACUUCAGCCAGGUUGAGAUUGCCCACCUACACUACCUCACAGAGAUCACUUUCUCAGAUGACGCCUGUCGAUCAGGCAGCUUCUCCCCCCAUGAGGGAUCCAUCUGUGUUGAACUACCACCCAUGGGUGGAUCCAGCUCCUGUCUGGAUAAGGAAUGAGUCUGCUGCACUGUCUGAGGCCGAGGUGUUGGAGGAACAGAUGCUGAGGGCGGGAAUACUGGCCUCCUUACAGGAUGCUCCUGACAACCCUGAUGCAAAAGUGGAGGUGCCCAAAUCAUCAGUUUCCUCUCUGCGACUCCAGCAGCUGGAGAAGAUGGGCUUCCCCACAGAGAAAGCUGUAGUGGCGUUAGCAGCCUCAAAACAGCUAGAUGGAGCCAUUUCUCUGCUCAUUGAUGACAGCGUCGGAGAACAGGCUGUGGUGGUAUCAAAAGGGAAGAGCCCUUUGAGGACGCAGAGCACAUAGACGACCUCACACUCCUGUGGGCGGAAACAGUGUUUGCUUGGGUUUUGCUGAGCUUCAGUAUUAGUUGUUCCCUGUGGGCGACUUUAUAACUAAUAAUCAGAAUUCUUGGGGCGGAGGAAAGACCGAGUUGUUCUUUUUCCACAACUGUGAAUCUAAUCAAGCGUAGAUGCAGACAAUUUCUGUAUCUCUGCACAUAAAAUGUACUUUGGAGAGAGUGGAUGUAAUUUAUUUAUGCUGCCAUCGUGUUUAAUGAAUACACAAAUAAAGAGAGGUGACAUGUUUAAAAAACAAAA